AUUAUUUGUGUGUACAGAAACCUCAGAGAGCUGGACUUGCAGGAGUGUGAAGUGGAUGAUCUGAGUGGGCACUGGCUUAGCCAUUUUCCUGAUACCUGCACAUCAUUGGUGUCCCUUAACAUUGCUUGCUUAGUCUCUGAGGUGAGUUUUUCUGCUCUGGAGCGCCUCGUGGCUAGGUGUCCCAACCUGAGGAGUCUUCGUCUCAACCGUGCUGUACCCCUUGAGAGGCUCCCUAAUCUACUCCGCCGAGCCCCUCAGCUGAUUGAGUUGGGGACUGGUGCCUAUUCAGCUGAUCUCCGAUCUGAUGUCUUUUCAAGCCUAACAGAAGCUUUUUCAGGAUGCAAGGUUCUCAAGGGGCUAUCUGGGUUUUGGGAUGUGGUUCCAACCUACAUUCCAGCUGUCUAUUCUAUCUGCUCUGGGAUAACUAGUCUGAAUUUAAGUUAUGCCAAUAUCCAAAGCCCUGAUCUUGCGAAACUUGUUAGCCAGUGCCAUAAUUUGCAGCGUCUAUGGGUACUGGAUUACAUUGAAGACAGUGGCCUUGGUGCCCUUGCUGCAUCUUGCAAGGAUCUGCAUGAACUGAGGGUGUUUCCUUCUGAUCCAUAUGUCCCAGAACCAAAUGUAUCCUUGACAGAACAAGGCCUUGUCUCUGUUUCAGAGGGCUGCCCUAAGCUUGAGUCAGUCCUGUACUUCUGUCGCCGAAUGUCAAAUGAUGCAUUAAUUACCAUUGCUAGGAACCGCCGUAAUCUGACUCGAUUUCGUCUUUGCAUCCUUGAGCCUCAUACUGCUGAUUACCUAACCCGGGAGCCGUUGGAUGCUGGUUUUGGAGCUAUUGUUGAGCACUGUAAGGGAUUGCGGCGCCUAUCCGUAUCUGGUCUUCUCACUGAUCGUGUGUUUGAGUACAUUGGGACCCAUGCUAAGAAGCUAGAGAUGCUAUCUAUUGCCUUUGCGGGUGAUAGUGAUUUGGGCCUCCAUCACGUGCUGUCUGGUUGUGAAAGCCUGAAGAAACUGGAGAUUAGAGAUUGCCCCUUUGGAGACAAGGCUCUCUUGGACAAUGCUGCGAAGCUGCAGACAAUGCGAUCCCUUUGGAUGUCCUCUUGCCUAGUAACUUAUGGAGCAUGUAAACUGCUAGGUCAGAAGAUGCCUAGGCUUAACGUUGAAGUUAUCGAUGAGAGGGGAUCCCCAGAUUCAAGGCCGGAAAAUUGCCCUGUCGAGAAGCUUUACAUAUAUAGGUCAACUGCGGGGCCAAGGCUUGACAUGCCUGGUUUUGUGUGGACAAUGGGUGCUAACAUGCUGCAUUGAGACUGUCAUGAGUUUUCUUGAGAGACCUUGGGUCUCAUCAAUGAUUAUAGCAGGUAUAUCCCCUAUAUAUAUGCUACUCAUCAUUUCGAUUUGUUUAAUUUAAUGAGGCUUUAUAUAGUUGCAGUGCCAAUUGAAGUGGGAACGAGUUAUUUGAGGGUAUAGAGAGGCUUGAGAGCUCGUAUGCCAUCUAUUUUACACUUGGCUGAGCUAUUUGUUGCGAUUAAUAAUGAGGAUAACCCCCCUGUUAUUGUAAUGUGUAUCGACUAGAGUUGUCAUUCAGUUUGGAUUAGUUAACCAUGUAUGCUAUAUGUGGACUCUUGCAUGUCUAUACGGUUUGGUUUGGUUUGGUUUGGUUUGAGUUGGUUGCACCGGAAAUGUUGAACUUCUUGACUCAGUGUGAAGUUAUCAUUUGUCUUUUGGAAUAAUGAAAUUUAUGUUUUCCACUUUUAUCCAAGAACAAGAAAAAAAAGUUAAUGUUUGUCA